AUGGCCUCCUACCAACCCACCGUCAGCACCGCCGCAACAACCACCAAGCCACAGCUCGACGCAUCGGCUGCAAUUACACCCAGUCAAGCCCCAGAAGCCCAGCCUAAUGAGCAGCCCAAGUGGCCUGGCUGGCCCGGAUGCAACGUCUACAGAUUGAUCGUGCCGCUGAUGAAAGUGGGCUCCAUCAUUGGAAAGAAAGGAGAGACCGUCAAGAAGCUGUGUGUUGAGACUGGUGCUCGUGUCAAUGUUCUUCCUGGGCUUGUCACUUGUCCUCAUCGCGUUGUGGUGAUAUCUGGUAAGGAGGAUCCAGAUGCUGCGUUAUCGCCCGCUAUGGUGGCCGUGAUGCGGCUAUCUAAGCAGGUAAUUGGAUUACCCGAGGGUGAUGAAGAUGAUAUCAAAUCAUCAGGAGCAGCUGGUGUGAAUUGCUGUGUACGUUUAUUGGUGUCUUCGGGGCAAGGCUUUAGCCUGAUUGGUAGACAGGGGGCGAGAAUCAGGCCGAUGCAGGAGGCGAGUGGCGCUGCAAUUCGAGUCCUCUCAAGUGCUGAAGUCCCAACCUAUGUCAUCGAUCCAGAUGAGAAGGUUGUGGAAUUGGAAGGAGAAGCUAUCAAUGUUCUUAAAGCUCUUAAAUCUGUUGUUGGACACUUAAGAAAGUUUUUGGUGGAUCACAGUGUUCUUCCUUUAUUUGAGAAGAAUGUAAGUUUACCUUUGUAUACUUGUAUAGCUUUAUAA